GGGAACCUUGGUGUCACCCAACUCCUAACUGCCGUUUGCUCUUCGCCAUGUCUGGACGCGGCAAGCAGGGCGGCAAGGCGCGCGCCAAGGCCAAGACCCGCUCGUCCCGGGCCGGCCUGCAGUUCCCCGUGGGCCGCGUGCACCGGCUGCUGCGCAAGGGCAACUACUCGGAGCGGGUGGGCGCCGGCGCCCCGGUCUACCUGGCGGCCGUGCUGGAGUACCUGACGGCCGAGAUCCUGGAGCUGGCGGGCAACGCGGCCCGCGACAACAAGAAGACGCGCAUCAUCCCGCGCCACCUGCAGCUGGCCAUCCGAAACGACGAGGAGCUCAACAAGCUGCUGGGCCGCGUCACCAUCGCGCAGGGCGGCGUCCUGCCCAACAUCCAGGCCGUGCUGCUGCCCAAGAAGACCGAGAGCCACCACAAGGCCAAGUGAGCGAAAGUUUUGGAAGUUCUUGAAAAAGGCUCUUUUUAGAGCCGCAUUCUCUCCUCGGGAAAAGACUGACACUUGAUAUUUUGACAAACGCCUUUAUAUUUGCGCGGUUACAUAGUUCUACGCGUGUUUCCGAGUGACUGGCCGUACGUAUGUGGAGGUCCGGGAAACUUGGAGUUUUCACCUGGUCAGGAUGGUCGAGUUCUGAAAGUAUGGUUGCUCCGAGUUUGAGGUAGUAAGUCUAUAAAUGUGCAAGUGUACUGCCUUUACAGCUUAAUUUUCCUUUUCUGCAUACUAGGAUCUAAUUUUUUGUGCCUUGGCUUUCUCAUGUUACAAUUCUAUCAUUGCUAUGAGCUACAUAGUGCUUUGUACACUAAGCAGGCAUGUAGACAGUACUCUAAGCUUGACUGUAGUCAUAAUGAUGGCAUUCCUUGUUAUCCAACCCCAAGAGGACUGCUAGACAACCUUCAGUCAGGAAAAGUACAAUCUUACGAAAAGCAGAAGACUUUUGUGAAGAGUGGCUUCAAAUAUCCUCAGUGUUGCCAACAGUCUAUGUGAGCGUAGGCAGGUCUUACUCUGGGCCUUAAAAAAUAAUUUUAAUGUCACUUAAUAGCUUUGCUGUCCGGAAAUUCAGGCACAAAGAUUUAUUUUUCCUCUCAAUUCCGAAUUGCUUAUUCUUUCAGGAACAAUUUAUUUCACACUUAAAUAUACACAGUGUUCUUGGUAAGGAAACUGUCUAGUGAGCAAAAACAAAAGGGAGCAAAUAAAUCAUAAUGUAGGAAGGGGCUAGAGAGAUAACUGGUUAAGAGCUAGUGGCUGCUCUUGCAGAGGACCCAGGUUCAGUUCU